AUAUAAUAAUCACCAGAUCCACCCCCUUUUUUGGCUAUUGCUUUUGUUUUAUCAAACAAAAGUUAAAUAUGGCUGUUUGGCAAGACAAGAUAGAGGGAGCAAAUGCAACCUGGAUGAAGAAUUAUGCUGAGGGAAACUCUGCAGGUGUUGGGGACAUGUACACAGAGGACUGUAGAGUGAUGCCACCCGGAGCAGAUGUGGUCGUUGGAAGAAAGGGGACCAGUGAAGUAUUUGCAGGAGCCAUGAAGGCCGGAGUCAAAAGCAUUCUCCUCAAGUCUGAUGAGGUAGGCCCAUUGGAUGCCAACGACAAUACUGCGUUUGAGCGAGGACAUUACAUCUUUUACAAGGAAGAUGGCUCUGUUGCAGACCAAGGAAAGUAUGUGGUCGUGUGGAAGAAGCAAGCCAAUGGUGCUGUUCUUAUGGAUGUUGACAUUUGGAACAGUAAUAACUCAACCUAAACAAUGACUAAACGAUUACAUUGGUAUACACAGCUAGAUGCUUUAGCUAAUGUGCUCAGUGAGUAAUUUUGUCCAUUGUGUGUUAGAGUUCUUGACUAUUUCUGCUGGUAGUAAUUCUCGUUUGUCUCUUG